AAAGGGGAAGAGUGCGUGGGCGUCUACACACCAGAAGUCUACCAAGAUGUUCUUGUGGUACAAACUCCUGUAUUUGGUUGCAGUGACAAUGAACAUAUUAGGUUGUGAUGACAUUAAAAGAAGUUUCUUGGAAUCUGAAUUCUGCAAUGCUGAUCUAGUGUUCAAAGCAGAACCAAACACCAGAAACGUCAAACAACUUUUAAAUGGACGAGAAGUCAUCUUUAAACUAUUCCCCCGUAAAGAGCACAUCCGAAUAAGCGAUAGAGCCCAUACUAACGGCCGUGCAUUACGAGAACACAUUGUGAUAAUCCCUUAUGUCACAAAAUAUAAAUGCAAUGCUCAUUUUCCUCCGUUUGAUCCAAAGCACUAUCUGGUGAUAGCGAAUUUGACUUAUCGGAAUGGAAAGUUGCUAGACAAGUUGUCUGUACCUGACUGCAGAAACUUGAUUCCUCUGAAGUGUAUUGAAGGAAAUUUACCAAGAGCAAGUGAAUGUGUGGAACCAGAGAAAACUGAAAGUUAACCAAACAUAUUUUUAUCUGCUAAUAUUAUUAAUGUAUUAUAAAUAUAUAAUAAUCAGGCAGGCCUGUUGUUACUAAGUAAAGUCUUUAAACAGAAUUACCACGUGAGUGCAUGAGGUUUCAUGUUUGACCAUAUAACUUUUCGAUUUAAUGUUGUUUUUAAUACAUAAUCUUUAAAGUGAAUACCUGCAUUUAAAAUUAGUUUUUCUUAGCACUUUAUAAUCUCGGAACAGCUAUAGUGUCUUUUAUUUGAAGGAAAGUUAAUUUAAGGUAAUAUACGUAGUUAAGAUGGCUUCGGUUGAUAUGUUGUAAUAAUACAUUAAUAGAAUAAACUAA